CAAUACCAACUUCCACCUUGUAUAAUUUCGUAUUUCACGUAUCGGGCCUUCUGAAAGCGACCGUUGUUAUUUCCGUAAAUAUAUAUUUAAAAAAAACAAUUGCAAGCUGUUGGACUUAGUGUAGAAUAUGGAAAUCGAUUCGCCGGUUUAAACUGCUCGCGCGCCAAAAACAAACAAGACAAAAACAAUAUUCAACAAAGAAAUUGUGAUUUUGUGAGUGCAAGGCCCACGUUGAGCGGCGUCCAUAAAUAAUAUACUCGUGCCGCCUUAAAGUGCAUUGACAGCUGCUGCUAUUGACCAAUCUGUGAGAGCGCGGAGGAAGCAUUUCCGUGGGAUCGCUUUGGUCUUGCGUUGGUGUUCCCUUUGUAGGCGGCCUCCCCCCUGCCUUAUCAGCGACUGUUUCUCUUUCUCGUUUUUAUUGAAUCUCCCCGUUUGAUUGGGCGAUUUAUUUCAUUUCGGUCUUCGGGUUUCUGUUUGUUAGUCACACGCGCCGGCAGCAGCGGCAGCGGCAGCAGCUGUUAAUCGAUCGCGUUUUUAUUGUCAAUUACCAAGUUUAUCGUUUAAUUUGAAAAGUUUCAGCAACUAUAAAUAGAAGUGAAGUGUUGAAAAGGCGUAGACAGCUUACAAUUUAGACUCAUUCGUGAUACAAGUUUUUAAGUGUUUCAUUCGUGCUGUUGGGUGUUUUGUGUGUAAUUUACUUGAACAGCAAAAGAUUAAUUACAGCUAAGAAGGAAGUCAAAGAGUUUGUCACCGAAGUAGACAACCAUGAGAUACUCUGCAGGCGACUGCUGUGCGGUUUGAACGCAUCUUCCGACGCUCAGAAUGAGCGCCUAGAAACGUUCCUUCCUCACAAAUACUGAACAAUGGGUCCCUGCAGCAAGCACCUGGCAAUUGGCUGCCUGAUACUCUUCCUUUUUGUGCUGCAAGUGCUCAGCAAGGAGCAGUCAGCAUCCGGCGAGCCAUCGCCCAGCGGCCAACACCGACAGCAGCAUCAUCGCAGCCGUUCGGGCAAGCGUUUCUCCCGCGACUCGAAUGGACCACGCGAGCGGCGACCCAACAUCAUACUGAUACUCACCGAUGACCAGGAUGUGGAGCUGGGAUCGCUGAACUUUAUGCCGCGCACGCUGCGACUGCUGAGGGAUGGUGGGGCCGAGUUCCGGCACGCGUACACCACCACGCCCAUGUGCUGUCCGGCCCGAUCGUCGCUGCUGACGGGCAUGUAUGUGCACAACCACAUGGUGUUCACCAACAACGACAACUGCUCGAGCCCCCAGUGGCAGGCCACGCACGAGACACGCUCCUAUGCCACGUAUCUGUCGAAUGCCGGCUACCGCACCGGUUACUUCGGCAAGUAUCUGAACAAGUACAACGGAUCGUACAUACCGCCCGGGUGGCGCGAGUGGGGCGGGCUGAUCAUGAACUCCAAGUACUACAACUACAGCAUCAAUCUGAACGGGCAGAAGAUCAAGCAUGGCUUCGACUAUGCCAAGGACUACUAUCCGGAUCUGAUAGCCAACGAUUCGAUUGCAUUCCUGCGCUCCUCGAAGCAGCAGAACCAACGCAAGCCCGUGCUGCUCACAAUGAGCUUUCCAGCGCCGCACGGCCCAGAGGAUUCAGCACCGCAGUACAGUCAUCUCUUCUUCAAUGUGACCACACAUCACACGCCCUCGUACGAUCACGCUCCGAAUCCGGACAAGCAAUGGAUCCUCAGAGUCACCGAUCCCAUGCAGCCCGUGCACAAGCGCUUCACCAAUCUGCUGAUGACCAAGCGCCUGCAGACACUCCAGAGUGUGGAUGUGGCCGUGGAGCGGGUGUACAACGAGCUGCGGGAUCUCGGGGAGCUGGACAACACGUACAUUGUGUACACCUCGGACCAUGGCUACCAUCUCGGGCAGUUUGGCUUGAUCAAGGGCAAGAGUUUUCCCUUCGAGUUCGAUGUGCGAGUGCCGUUCCUCAUCCGUGGCCCUGGCAUACAGGCCUCCAAGGUUGUCAAUGAAAUCGUGUUGAAUGUGGAUCUGGCUCCCACUUUCCUGGACAUGGGUGGCGUACCCACGCCCCAGCACAUGGAUGGGCGCAGCAUUCUGCCCCUGCUGCUCAGCAGGAAUCGCGCUGUGCGGGAUAACUGGCCCGACAGCUUCCUAAUCGAGAGCUCUGGGCGCCGGGAGACGGCCGAUCAGAUUGCGGAGUCGCGUGCAAGGCUCCAGGCCGAGCGCCGCAGCAUGAAGCUGGCCAACAGCUCGCUGCUCGAGGACUUCCUAGGCGGAGGCACUACCCUCGGCAGCACUGCUGCAACGCUAAUGAGCUCCAGCACCACGCAGCAGCAGGAUGAAUUCGAUGAAGACACGGACACUGACUUCGAAGAGGAUGAACUGGAUGGGGAUGGUGCCAUGGACAGUUCAGCGGCUGCUUUGGACGACGAGGAUAUGGAGGAUGCCGCUGCCGAGGAAGACGACGACGAACUGGAGGAGCAGGAGCUGCUGCAACAGCAGGACAACAAUCUGCCAGUGGCUCCGUACAUAACCAAAAUGAUGCGCCUCAACUCGGAGUGCUCCGAUCCGGCGCUGCUGAAGAACUGCCUGCCCGGCCAGAAGUGGAAGUGCGUCAGCGAGAAUGGACGUUGGCGGAAGCACAAGUGCAAGUUCCACCUGCAGCUCGAGCACCAGUUGGCGGCCAUGCCCCGCAAGCAAUACCAAAGGAAUUGUGCCUGCUUCACCUCGGAUGGCCUGGUGUACACCAAGAUCCGAGCACCCUCUGCCAGUGCCCAUCGCCUGAACAAGCGCACGCACCAUGGCCCACCGACGAAGCGCAGGAACAAGCGGGAGGUGGUCGUCUAUCACAGGGAGAUGCCCUACGAAAUGGAGGAGCUGCUGGAUCUGCAUCAAACAAUCGAUCUGCUGGCAGAGCACAGCCAUCGCAGCAAGCGAGAGGUGUCCGCCAAUGGCAAUGGCAACUCCAACGAAACGAUUGCUCAGGUCAUCCAGCAGAUACAGACCACACUGGAAACCCUGGAGCACAAGUUCAACGAGCACGAGCUGCACAGUCCCAGCGGAAACUCCAGCUCCAAUUCCUUUGUGCGUGGCGGAAAGUUUCCCAAGACUGGCGGGCGGGUGGGCCAUCGCUGCUUUGUGGAUGCGAACACGAGCAAAGUGAACUGCUCGGAUGUGAUCUACGACGAUGAGAAGACGUGGCGCACCUCACGCAACCAGAUCGACAUGCUGAUCAAGCUGCUGAAGGACAAGAUCGGCAGGCUGAAGGAGAUGAAGAAACUGCUGCGGGAGAGCAACAAGCAGGCAUUGGCCGCAGGCAGACGCAACGAGAGCCGCAGGCGCAACGAGGCAAAUCUUUUGGGCGAGACUGGAGCUGGACCAGAGUUCAACAUGAGCUACUUUACGGGUGCUACCAGCACGCCACGGACCAGUGUGGGACAAAAGGAGAUCUUCCGCGGCUUUGGCAGUGCCGCCGUCUUUGACUCCACGGAGCAGCAGCAGCCGCAGACGCCGCGCUAUGCCUCACGCGCCGAAUGCUACUGCGAACCAGAUGCGGGAGAGAACUAUGCAGACUCCAAGGAAAUGGCUCGGGAGGCGCGGCGCAAGCUCAAGGAGGAGCGUCAGCGGAAAAAGGAGCGCAAGCGGAUCAAGAAGGCCCGCCUGGAGAAGGAGUGUCUGUCGGAGAAGAUGAACUGCUUCUCGCACGACAACCAGCACUGGCGCACGGCUCCCCUGUGGAACGACAGUCCCUUCUGCUUUUGCAUGAAUGCCAACAACAAUACGUACUCCUGCCUGAGGACCAUCAAUGCCACCCACAACUAUCUCUACUGCGAGUUCACCACGGGCUUGAUUACCUUUUACAACCUGACCAUAGAUCGCUUUGAGACCACGAAUCGUGCUGCCAGUCUGACGCCAGGUGACAGGGCCCACAUGCACGAUGCCCUCGAGCAGCUGAAGGGCUGUCGCGGCCGCAGCUGCAGCGUACGCAGACAUCAGGCACACCUCCUGGAGACUGGCUCUGCUCCACACUUGCCUGCAGUCAUCAAUCAAGUGCAACGCAACAACAAACGCAAGCACUCUCCUUUGUCGGCCAGUGUGGGCAACUUUGGCUUUGUGGGCAGUCGACUGGACAUGGAUGGGCUGCCACCGUUCAAGCGUCGCAAGCUAUCCAAAUACCACAGAUGGACUGGCUCGCAGCAGACGCACCUGAAGAGGCGCCCCUGGAAGCAGCAGCAGCAGCAGCAGCAGCAACAGUCCAGCCGGCCUAUGCCCACGCAGGCAGCAGCCUAGACGGAUAAAUGGACAGCUGGAAUUGGAGUCUCAGUCCCAGUGAAUACACACAUAUCCUAUGCGUACCUUGCUUGCCACCUGCCACCCUGCUCCUCCCUCUUUGGUUAGCCCUCACAUUGGAAUUCUUCAUACAUAAAUAAGACUGUGUUUUUUUUUAAUAUAAUCCAUCUACUUAUGUUUAGUCUCAUUUCGGUCCUACGGCUUGCAAUAUUUACUGUUUACGACUUUUAAUUAGCCCUAAGCCUGAGAGCCCCUUAAUUUGUAUAUAAAUUUAAACGUGGAGCCACCAACAGCUAUCGAAUACGACUAUGAACUAUACACUAAAUAAAUUAUUUAGCGAAA